AUGUCAGAGGACGCAAUUCCAGAGCACCAUCGCAGGGAGAGAACAUGCCCUGUCAGCACGCCGUCCAACUACAUUCCGCCGUUCCCUGGAUAUUGCUCCAGAUUCGAGGCAACAAUGAAUGAUCUCGUUAUGGCCAUGAUGGGAGCGCAGUACGACUCUGUUACCGGGCACGAUGGCAUAGCCGUUAGCAAACUUCAGGAGUUCUUGAUUAGAGGGCCAGAGUCAAAGCGCCCGUCGUUUUGGGAAACAACCUCCGUAAUCGACAAGAGAGGUGCCUAUAGCAUCGCCGUGAUCGCAUAUUGGCGCAGCGCAGACUUGCACAGAAGCUGGCAGCAGGAAUCUGGGUUCGGUACUUGGUGGCAGAGUUCAGACAGGGAAAGAGAUGGGCAUGGGUGGUUCCAGGAGAUUCUGUGUCCAACGAUGGAUCGUUUUGAAACAGUGUUUUCAAACCCUGAGAAUCCAGAAGGGGCGGCCAACAUGCAAGAGAGGAUCUCGGGCGAGUUGGAACAACACGCGUAUUGGGGUAGCAUGCGGGAUCGCUUGGCAGCUGCUCAAGACAACAAACUCGAGGGCGAUAGAUGGUGGUCUAAGGAUGGCAGCGCAAAUGGCUCGAGUGACGCCUCAAAACGUGUCCGUGUAUCUGGCAGGCCCAAUCUGUGCGUGAUUCGAUCGGGCCAGGAUUGGUCCGCCACGCUACCAGGAGAGCGCAAACUCUACCUCGAUACAAUGCAUCCGGUGCUCGUCGAGGGCAUGGAGUUUCUACGUGAUGAAGGGCGCGAGGUUGGCUGUUAUGCGAUGAAUUUGUGGGAUGUUGUGGAUUCAAAGUCGUUCGAGGCGAACAGUGAGAGAACGUUCGGUUUGGGCUAUUUCGAUGACCUGGCGUCGCUCGAAUACUGGAGUAAAAGCCACCAGACGCAUAUCAACAUCUUCGGAGGCUUCCUGAUGUAUGCGAAAAAGCUGAACAAUGUAUUGUCUCUGCGGUUAUUCCAUGAGGUUUACGUACUGGAGCCGGACCAGCAAUUCUUUGAGUACAUUGGGUGCCACGCCGAGACGGGGAUGAUGAAUUCGCGCCGAUCUUGA